GUGCUGCCGCCAUAUUUGCCCGGAGAGCAGCGAGCUGGUAGCUGCUGAGCCCCCCAGACCCAUCGGCUUCCAUCCGCCCCGUACGCUCCCCGACGCCGCUCCGCCUGCAGGACAUGGACGAUCGGGAGGAUCUCGUCUAUCAGGCUAAGUUGGCCGAGCAGGCCGAGCGCUACGAUGAAAUGGUUGAAUCAAUGAAGAAAGUGGCUGGAAUGGAUGUGGAGUUGACAGUGGAAGAAAGAAACCUGCUUUCUGUUGCAUAUAAAAACGUGAUUGGAGCCAGAAGAGCUUCCUGGAGAAUAAUCAGCAGCAUUGAACAGAAAGAAGAAAACAAAGGAGGAGAAGAUAAAUUAAAAAUGAUUCGGGAAUAUCGGCAAAUGGUUGAGACUGAACUGAAGUUAAUCUGUUGUGACAUUCUGGAUGUACUGGACAAACACCUCAUUCCAGCAGCUAACACUGGCGAGUCCAAGGUUUUCUAUUACAAAAUGAAGGGGGACUACCAUAGGUAUCUGGCUGAGUUUGCCACAGGAAAUGACAGGAAGGAGGCUGCAGAGAACAGCUUGGUGGCUUACAAGGCUGCUAGUGAUAUUGCAAUGACAGAACUCCCACCAACACAUCCUAUCCGUCUAGGACUCGCCCUCAACUUCUCUGUAUUCUACUAUGAAAUUCUUAAUUCUCCUGAUCGUGCCUGCAGGUUGGCGAAAGCAGCUUUUGAUGAUGCUAUUGCAGAACUGGAUACGCUGAGUGAAGAAAGCUAUAAGGACUCUACACUUAUCAUGCAGUUGUUACGUGAUAACCUGACACUAUGGACUUCAGACAUGCAGGGUGAUGGUGAAGAACAGAAUAAAGAAGCGCUGCAGGAUGUGGAAGAUGAAAACCAGUGAGACACAAAGGCCAACAAGAGAACCCAUCUCUGACCACCCUUCCCCCUCCCCACAAAAACCCUCAGUGUCACUCUGAGAACCACCAAAUCUGACUUUUACAUUGGGUCUCAGAAUUUAGGUUCCUGCCCUGUUGGGUUUCUUUAUUUUUAUUUUUUUUUACACAGUUUAAAAGUUCUUAAAGGCAAGAGUGAAUUUCUGUGGAUUUUACUGGUGCCAGCUUUUAGGUUCUUUAAGACACUAACAGGACUGCAUAAAGGCUUUUCAGCAUUACUGUGUUGUCUCCUGCCAGCCGUGGUGAUGGCCAUUAGAAGUGGAUGUGACACCUGGAGGCUGUUAGACUUGUAGGGGAGAGAUUCCUUAUCACGAGGUAGCAUGCAUGUGGUGGCAUUUUUUCUUUUUUUAUAAUUGUUUAAACUGAAUUUUAUACCAAUGUUUAAACUUAAUUGGAUGUUUAGCUUGAAGUUACAGGUUGCAUUGGGAUGUAUAUUGUAGUGGGGUUACUGUAAUAAAAAAA